AUGUGGAAGAAGGGACUGAUUGUCAAGAUAUUUAAGAAAGAUUUGCGGGAUUGUAACAACUGGAGAGGAAUGACUUUACUACCCGUAAUUAGUAAGAUAUUCUGUAGGAUGCUGCUAGAGAGGAUCAAGAGAGGUGCAGACAAGAAGCUUCGAAAGGAGCAGGCUGGGUUUAGAUCAAAGAGAAGUACAACUGAACAGAUCUUUAUACUAAGAAACAUCUUGGAGCAAACAAAUGGCUGGAGGGCGGGUCUGUAUGUGCACUUUGUGGAUUUUGAAAAAGCGUUUGAUUCGGUACACAGAGAAAGCCUAUGGAACAUCAUGAAAAGCUAUGGGAUAGCAAAUAAGAUGGUGAGAGUGAUCUCAGGCAUAUACCAGGGCUUUGAGUGUGCAGUUGUUGAUGGAAGUGAGACAUCGGAAUGGUUUAAGAUCAAGUCUGGAGUAAGGCAGGGGUGUGUGAGGCAACAGCAGACAAGAGAAGAGGAAUACGGUGGAAUUUCACAACGGUGCUGGAGGAUCUUGACUUUGCGGACGAUGUUGCACUACUGUCAUCCAAGAUUAGCGACCUGCAGGAAAAGACUGGGAGACUAG